CAAAUUUUUAUUUCCUGAUAUACACAAAUUUUUAUAGUCUUCGUUUUAGAAAAUGUCAAAUGCGAAUAGUGAAGUUUGUGUUGAGGUGCUGGCUCCAGAGCCGUGCAUACCACGCCGUAGCUUGGCUUGCUAUAAGGAUGGACGCGAGCUGCUGAAUUGGGAGAUUAAGGAAAAGAAGCUGCAGUUGCGCAAAGCUGAAGCGCCGCUAACGCUGCUGUUAACGUCCUGGGAGCAGCAGGAUGCCAAUGAUUUGACUUUAUGCUUGGGCACUGAGCGCUGCAGCUGUAAUCGGCUGCGUUGCUACUGCUAUUCGCCAUAUGUGCUGCAUGAGUGGAAGCUUGGGCAGCGUGAACUGCUGUUGCCGGAGCAGAGGCUGACAAUGCGCGGUUUGCAGCUUGUGGCAGCUUGGAUGUUGCAGCCAAACGCGCCACUGCAGCGUGAGCAUAUACUGGAGCUGCUGGCAGCCGCGCAUGUGUUGCAGCUGGAGUAUUUGGUGGCCAAGAUUUGGUUUUGCUUGGACACGCCUCAGCAGUUCGAGGAGGAGCAGGCAUUUUGGAUAAGCUGCGAGGCGCGGCGCUUGGCGCACACGUUGCCCAACCCAGGCUUGCACUUGGCCAUGCUGCAGCAUAUACGUUACUUCUUCCUAACGCUUGUGGCAAGCAAGCAAUACGUAGAGCUGCCGCUUGAGCAAGUGCAGCAGCUGCUGGGCUCUGAGCAUAUAAAGGUCAACAGCGAGCAAGAGAUUUUCUUUGCAGCGGUGCGUUGGCUUAAUCACAAUUGGCAGGCGCGUCUGGUGCACGCUCUGGCAUUGCUGCAGAAGCUGCACUUGGAUCUGCUGCCAUACAAGCUGCUCAAGAAUCUGCAGCGUGGCACAGUUGAGUCGCAGCUGAAGCCUUUAACUGAACUGCCAGAGCUUAAGCAGUCUAUUAAGCAGAUUUGCCAACUAAACAAAGUGCUGCUCUUUGAUGAUGGCUCUCAGGCUUGUAAGCAGCUGUUCGCAUUCUUUCGCAUCAAGCAGUCGAAGCCACGUCCUUUCAUCUAUCAUCAUCUCGCUCAGUAUCACAGGCGCUUGCCUGAUGAUGUGCAGCAGGACUUCAGCUACAGACAAUUUCUUGCCUUUUUAGCCAAACUACAGCAGCUUGGCAUUUAUAACUGGCUGGCAUUAAAGUCAGAUCAGUGCGCAUAGCUGCCGGGCACUUCCGUUUCCGCUACAUCAUGGAAAUCAAAUAUUUUAUUGAUGCAGCUGAAAAUUUGCAAUAUAUGCAUGUUUAUUAUGUUAAUCU